CGCUAUCAUCGCGUGCACGUUUGAGCUGCUGCAGUUCCCCACAUGUGUAAUAAAUAGUUUUUACUCGUUAAAAUCCUGCUUCAUUUCGAAGUAAUUCGUGAAUAUAAACGGCAAUCUACGCAGGAAAGUAUGUCAGCGGGAGCAGAAACGGCACCGGUAUUCCCGAAGCUGAACGCCGAGGAGGAACCGGAUUUAGGAGCCACCGAGAUCGAGUCCAUGUGUAUGAACUGCCACGAGAAUGGCACGACACGGCUGCUGCUGACGCAGAUUCCCUUCUACAAGGAGGUGGUCCUGAUGUCCUUCUGUUGCGAUCACUGCGGUUUCCAGAACAAUGAAAUCCAACCGGGUGGCGAAAUGGCUCCCAAAGGUAUCCGGAUCAGUGUCAAGAUCGACACAAUGAAAGACUUGAAUCGACGCGUCGUAAAGUCCGACUACUCCAGCGUCCGGAUAGAGGAGCUGGAUUUCGAUAUUCCAGCUCAGUCGCAAAAGGGGGAGGUAACUACCGUCGAAGGGAUCAUCGAUCGGGUGGUACGAGGAUUGGAGCAGGACCAACCCGUCCGUCGAAUACAGCACCCGGAGGCAGCGGAACAGAUCGAUGCCUUCGUCGAAAAACUCAAAGAGCUGAAGGAGAUGAAGCAACCGUUCCGGAUAACAAUCGAGGACAUCUCCGGAAACAGCUUCGUGGAAAAUCCUCUGGCACCACAACCGGAUCCGAACACCACCGUUUCCCACUUCAUCCGAAGCAAAGAUCAGAACCAUUCGUUGGGAGUUUUUACCCACGAAGAAGUGGAUGGUGAAAACCCCAAACAGCCGAAAAUCAUCCCGGAGGAGGAAGAUAAGAUGCUGAAAAUGAUUUCCGAGGGUUCCUGGCCACUGGAAGAACUUCAUGGGGAGGUGCUGCAGUUCCAAACCAACUGCCCGGAAUGUGCGGCCGAUUGCGAAACGAAUAUGAAGGUGACCAACAUUCCACACUUCAAGGAGGUGGUCAUUAUGGCAACGGUCUGCGACAACUGCGGUUUAAGGACGAACGAAGUCAAGCCAGGCGGUGGCAUCGAGGAAAAGGGCGUUAAGAUUGAAGUUACGGUUCGGGGAAAAAUCGAUUUCUCACGGGACGUUUUGAAGUCGGAAUCGUGCGAUCUGCACAUCCGCGAGCUGGAGUGCGAAGUGGGUGCCGGUGCCCUGGGAGGGCGCUUCACCACGAUCGAAGGCUUGCUAACGGCUAUCAGGGAUCAGCUGGUUGACAGCACCGGUAUGUUUAUGGACUCGAACGACGAGGCAACAAAGCACCGAAUGGAUAACUUCUUCGGGCAGCUGGAUGCGGCCAUCGCUGGGAACAAGCCGAUGACGAUAGUGCUGGAUGAUCCGACGGGAAAUAGCUACGUGCAGUCAUUGAACGACGAUGGCACUCCUGACGAGGCAUUGCGGAUAAUAAAGUAUCACCGGUCGUACGACCAGAAUGAAGAACUCGGAUUGAACGACAUGAAGACGGAAAAUUACGGAGAAGAAGAUGAUGCCAAGCAGGAGAAGUGAGGAGGUGAGUGAACGAUUUUCUGUUCCUGUUUAGAAUGUCAGGAAAGUAUAAU